CUUCGCUUACAGAACAGGUUCCAUCGUGCACAAAAUGCCCUGCCAUUUAAUUAUGCAUCCUCAUGCUAAACCCUGCGGAUCAAGAUCUCCGAAGUGGGCAUGUCAGCUUGCCGACCUGGCCAUUCACCAUCGUCGACUCGGCAAGUUGUCGUUUACUGCUGGAGCAUCGGGACUCCACGUCUCCACACCAAGAAGCUGGAUAUCCCGGCAUCCUGCUGGAACAUCUCAUGAGGUCUACUUCUCCGGGAUUAUUAUUAUAUAAUACCCUAGAUGUCUGGAAGAUGUCUCUGAUGCAACCCAAUGCAGUCCUUUGUCCUGUGCUUGGCCAACUACUGUCGCUUCCGCGUCUUCCGGCUGUCGCCUUGGACAAAGAACAAUACCAAGCACGCUUUCUUGGCAAGACGACGUGUUAAAGGGGAGCAAACCCCUCAUCGGAGGAUAAUGUCUUCGCCCAUCGAAUUUCCAUCGAGAUGCAGCUGCCAUUCUUCUUGGGGACUUUGCUCUUGAGCGUGCCGGGUCUGGCUGCUCCCGGGUUUUCCAGACGCACUUCCACACCCUUGCAAACACCCAGCAUCACCUCUCUCGGGGCGCUGCAGGUAUUGCAUUACAACAACCUACACCCCGAGAACAAUGGCACUGCAGCAGUUUUGGUGUACAAUCGGCUAAGCCAUGCGGACGCCCUCGCGCGUUGUGCUACCAUCGGCGAAUCCCUCUAUCCUCUACCAAACGUCCCUGAAGCGAACCGUACCGAAUUGGACCAUCAACUCGACUACCUCGCCUUUGCCCAGGAUAUCAAAUCCAAUGACUCUUUCUGGGUUUCCAUGGACUUGUCGAACGAAUGCUGGGCUUAUUCCCACAGUCGAAAGGAGAUCUUCCAGGCACUCUGUCACAACCGAUUCCCGGCUAUCUGCACCUCCAACGUUCCUCCAACGACGGACCAAAAUAGAACAGUUGUUACUUCGUCCAAGAUUUCUCUCGCGUUCGAUGAUUAUAAUAUAACCGGAUAUCGUGAUUCUCGAUCGUUCCGGUUCCUUGGGAUACCCUUUGCAGACCCCCCUGUCAAAAACUUGCGUCUUGCUCCGCCGCAGGCAUACACGGGCUCUAGAAAGAUCGAUGCAACCAAGGCGUCGGCCUCGUGUAUUCAGUCUGUUUCAGCUUUUGGUACACUUGGUGCUCCAGCCAUCUCGGAGGAUUGUCUCUAUCUAAACGUUUUUACUCCUGUAUUGCCUGGAAAUGGUUCCGCAAACUCCACACGACGACCUGUGGCGGUUUAUCUAUACGGAGGGGCAUUUACAGCUGGAAGCGCAUCUAUGAUUGACUACGAUGGAGGAAACUUCGCCAGUCGAAAUGAUGUCGUUGUCGUGACAGUCAACUAUCGCGUGGGUGCCCUGGGCUUCUUGGCAACCGGAAACCUUACGUCCGGAAGCUAUGGCACAAGAGACCAGAUCAUGGCUUUGGAAUGGGUCAAUAAGCAUAUUGCUGCCUUUGGUGGAGACCCUUCGCAGGUCACCAUCUUUGGUCAGUCGGCUGGGGGUCAGAGUGUGAUCGCCUUGCUAUCCUCUACCAAAGCACAUGGUCUCUUUUCCGGUGCAAUUGUCCAAUCGGCACCGGUGGACUUGCCGUGGUUCCCUCGCGGUGUCUAUUCAGAACUUAUUUCCCCUAUUGUGGCCGAGGCCGUUGGAUGUGAUAAGACACAGAAUGAAACUGCAUUGCUUUCAUGUCUCCGGUCCAUACCAGCUACGCGAUACCUUGACAACUCUACUGAGUUUAGCAGCGCACUGACAGAAAUGUCCAAGACGGUGUCCUCGGACUACUUGCAUGUGAGCACCCUUCUCGCAUCCAUCGAGCCUUUCAUGCCCAUGGUAGACGACUCGGGUAGCGGUGUUAUCGAUGACCAAUUCUACACCCUCCUUGCAAACGACCGUCUUCCUAACCGCGUUCCAACCAUGUUCACUACUGUCACAGACGAAGCAUCGCUCUAUAUCGCCCAAUACAUUCCCAAUCUCGGAGCAAGCUCACUAGCUCUUGAUGCGCUAUACAAGACCGCCUUUCCCUCGGAUCUAGCCAACUCAAUAAUCAAAUCUGGUGCAUUCGCGGUAAACCGCGGUGACCCCGACGGGGCGCGGAAUGCAGCUGCCGACGCCUUAACACACGCCGAAUGGGUCUGCCCGCAAUCAUAUCUCCUCAACAAUACCGGAAAGAACUCCUUCCCCAGUCUAUACCAAGUCGAAAUCACACAGGGACACAUGCAAACUACCUCCGACGUCCCCGAGAUCUGCUCCCCGAACGAUAACUACAGCGCAAGUUGCCAUUCCUCCGACGUACUCCCCAUCUGGGGCACACUGAACAGCAAAACCCAAAACGUAGCGCCAUACUACGAUGAGCGCGAUAUUCUCCACUCGCAGCUUCUUAACGAUAUCUUUGGGUCGUUCUUCCGAACUCAUAAUCCCAACCCAGACCCAGCUUUCUUGAAGGCUCGUGGACCGGCUUACGCAUCGACGUACGAAAUCUUCGGGGCGCAGGGCUAUCAUAUGUCUCAAUUCCAUCCAGAGGAUAAACAACUCAGUCUCCUGGGUAUGCCACCUUCUUUGGCAGAUAACCCGGGAUUCUCGGAUAAGUGUGCGGUGCUGAAGGAUUAUGGGUUUACAUUUCAACAUGCAAAUUUGACUGCUUGAGGCUAUACUUCUAGAUAGUCUUUUGUACAUAAUCACCACCAGUUCCCUUUCUGGGGAUUUGUGACUUCCAGGUGGCAGGGCUUACGACUUUGAUUCGUGACUCUUUUCUUUGUCGAACUUUCAAAGGGGUCAAAUAUACUGCUCAAUACUAUAUAACAUACCACCUAUAUGAUUUUAACCAAGCAAAGUAAACACUACCUCUCUACCCUUUUCCAUUGUUAGAUAAUUCCUGUGAAUAUCUAGUCCUGUGGGGACUCUAAACUACGCGCGGCUCUUCCUCGGAAAAGUUGGAAUAUCCUGCAGUUUUACCUUCCUGGAAGU